GGGGAGGGGGGGCUAUGCCUGCCACAUACGCACACACACACAGAGAGAGAGAGAGAGAGAGAGAGAGAGAGAGAGAGAGAGAUGAGCAGUGUGGUGCUCUAGAUUGAUGUUCGAAGUCGCCAAUAGUCAAACCUUCGUCUUUUCGUCGAAGGAGCGAUGAACAGCUCCGCGCGAAAGAGAUGUGGUGGGUACUUGCUGGUGCGUAUUGCCGGCAUGGCUCUGGCAAAGAGGCCAUCCUUAGUCGUCCAGAACGUGGUGCUGCCUCUGUCGGAACUACUAGUAGAGAAACGGAAGGUAGCUUUACUUUCCUUAUCCUGCUGUGAAAAGAAUGAAGUGUGCAGAUCCACAUGAAGUUGGCCCUCCUGAUAAGACUGGGCCAAGUUGCGAGGAGAAGGCGAUUUCACUUUCCCUUUCCCUGGCUUUGGCGUCUUCAACUGAGUGUCAGAAGAUGACUGAUGGGGAUCCAGACGACCCUGCGGAACGGGACAGUGACCGGUUAAGAUGCCAGCUAAGGGCAGUGAUGGAUGAAGAGGCCGCUGACAGGGCUGCGAUCGUAUCGGGGGAUGGAAAGAUGGCAGGUGCUGAUGAUGAGUGUCGCGGUAAUCUGCAACUCGAGGCAAUGGGAAAUGUGGCAAUGGGAAAUGAAAGAAUGGAGUUGUUGGAUGCGCCAAUGGCGAGGAAGGAGGGCGACGGCGAAAACGGAUGCAGCAUGAUGGACAUAGUGGAGGCGAACAAGGGCGAUGGAGCAGAUGGGGGCGGUGCGGACGAGGCAAAAUGUGUGCCGGAAAGGCCGGAAGCAGACAAGGAUGACGAGGGUGAAAAGGAGGAAGAUGUAGAUGCUGGUGAGAGACGCCAACAGUCUGACAAAGCAGAGGAGGCGAAGCGGGCAGCUGCAAAGGCAAAUGCAAAGCGGUCGAAGGCCCUGCUGCAGGCAGAGAUUGAGGCGAUUCUUGAUCGAACAGCGGAGAUCCUCCUGUUACUUGGUAGUAUGGCAGACAUGAGGGCGGGCCAGUCUCCCUCCGACAAGGAAAUGGCUUUAGCUGCCGAGUGUUACGCGAAUGUGGCUAGCUUGGUGGCCUUGGUUCCGCCAAAAGCUCUGGUCUCCAAACACACAGUUGAGGACACUCUAAAGGUUCUAGGACUCCGCCCGCAACCGGCACCAGAGACUGACAUUGCCUCUGUGGAAAAAGCGCAGGAGCCCGAAAAGGAAAGGGAACCUCCUGCCAAUGCAGGGAAGACCAGUGCAGUCCAGACAAUGAAGAAGGCAACAAAGGCAGUUGCAGCCACAGCUGGAGUGGCAGUUGGUACGCCUGCAAAGCCUCCAGGAACGAAGAAAGCAUCUGGAAAUGCAGCUGGGGGAGCAGGUGCAACGGGAACGUCAUCACGCAGCCGUAGGCAGCAGCAAUCGGGCUUGCAUCAGUCCGAUUCAAGUGCCCGGGUGCGAAGCACCGUAGGGGCGGUAGCCCAUGCUCGUAACUCAGAGCUGCCUUUGGCAAUGUCGUCACAUAUGUCGACUUCCAAAUCAGUGAGGGGAGGAUCAUUUACAGUCCUUGAGACGGAAGUAAGGUCGAUGCAGAACGGUGUGGCAGGAACUGGAAGGGAAGCAGGAGCGGGUUCCAUCAUUGAAGGGUUGGUGUCUUCCAAUCUCUCUUCUGGAGCAGGAGGCGUGCAGAGACAAGUUGGAGGUGCAGUGCCUGGAAGUGUGCUUCCAUCUGCCGUUGCUGCUCAACUGACCGCGGCAGCCCAGCAACUGCCUCUGCCAGCUCAGCAAGCACUGGCACAGCUGGCACAAGGUCACUCUCUGACUCCUGCACAAUGGCAGGCAAUCCAAGCACAUAUUGGCACUGCCCCACAUAAUCCCCCCGGGACAAGACCGCGUGGACGCCCGCCCAAGACACCAAAUGCAAUUGCGAACAGGGAGGCGGCCAUCGCACGCGCACAGGCACAGGCUCUACAUGCUGCAGCAGCGGCUGCAGUAGCAGCAGCAGCAGCGGCCGCUGCUGCUGCAGGUCCAGCUCCCUCGUCUCUCCCUCCCACUGGAGAGUUCAACUCUGGGCUCGGCACCAUAAAUGUCUCUUCAGCGAUGGGAGGAGGCGACGCUGAAGGAAUGGACACGUCCUACCUGAUGUCCAUAGCGGCAAUGGAUGGUUCGAAAGUGGUGAUCGGGCCAAACAGUUCCAUUACUGGAUUAAACCACAAUGUAUCCUCUCAGCAUCUAUUGCUAGGGCCGCUGCCGGUUCCGGGACAACAGCCACCUUCUCAGCAACGUCAGGAUGUACAGCAAAAGAGUCUCCAAUCUUCUCAACAACAGCAGGUUCAGCAGCAGCUGCAGCAGCACUUGCCGACAGCUGAGGAUUUGUCAAUUCCACAGCCGCAAGAGCAUCAGAAGCAGCAGCAGACAAAGGAGAAGCAACAAGAACGGAAUCAGCAGCAGCAGCAAGUGCAAAACUCACAGCAACAGCAGCAAUAUAGACAGCAACCACCACCACAGGUGCCACUUGCGGAGUCUCAACAACAACGGCAAGAGCAGGUUGCACAGGUGCAGCAGCAAGAGGCCCCAUCUCAGCAUCAAGUCCCACGAGCAAUCCAACAGCAGGGUCAGAAGCAGCCACAGCAGAAACAGUCACAGCAAAAGCAGCAGCAGCAGCCCAGAUUGAAGCAUCAGCAGCAGCCGCAGCAGCAACAACAACAACAGCAGUGGAAACUACAGCCAACCAAAAUGUCAUCGGGAGUGGCCGGAGCUCACUUAACAACCCCACUAUUGGUGCAGCAGCAGCAGCAGCUUAUUCAACCGGGGCCCGGAAGGGGACAUCCUUUGUUCCCUGGGGCAUUUUGCCAGCCUGUGGACUUCACUACCACAUGUCAGUUAUGCAAACAGCAAGAACCCCGCAUACAAAACAUAAUUGUAUGUGAUGCAUGCGAAUUGGCCUUCCACUUACGGUGUCUUCAACCACCCCUGACUGUUAUCCCAGAGGGUGAUUGGUUCUGCAGCACCUGCAUUUCUGAGGGUAAGGACAAAGGUCGGGAACCUGCUUUUGGGCCAAUCCAGAGCAAAAACCCUGUCGUGAUCAGCUUGAUGGCUGGAUCAGGCGGUGUGGGAAGGGGGCGAGGCGGAGGGAGAGGAGCUGGGGGUGGUGUGAAUGUGGCAGGGACGGCCACGCCACCAACCGCAGGGGGUACUGGGGCAGGCGGAGGGCCUUUGCCAGGUGGAGGCAUUGCGGCAACUCCAAGGGCAGUGUCUGCUGCAAGCAACCCGAUGGUCCCAGCUGGCAUGCAGAUUCCUCAAGGCUUUGCGUCACAGCAAGUAAUGGGCGGGGUGACUGGUAGGAAGUUUCCAAAGCCCCUCAUGGAAGGGCUUCCGGCCGGAUCCGUUCCGGGGGUAACAGGGGUUGUGCCGGGGGGAAAGCCCCCAGGUGCGCUGCCAGCUGCAGUGGCUCAGCAACAGCAGCGAGGUCAGCCGAUUUCCAGUGGUGAGGAGUGCUCAGCGGCAAGGACGGGAGGUGAAAGUAUGUGGGGAGGGUCUGCGUCAGGUGUCAGAGGAGGGACCAUUCCACUUGGGCCAAGCACAAGCAAUCUGGUGCCAAUAUCCAUUGCCGGCUCAUCAAGCGCUAUGGCCAUUGUGUCGGGAUUAAGCCACGAGCUUGCAACUGCAGGGGCAGCUGCACAGGCGACUCUGCAGCACAGGCCUGGGGUACCACUGCCAUCAACAUCCAGUGGUGGACCUGGUCCAACUUCUGGUUCGGUGGUCCAUGCUGAAGGAGGUGCUUAUCAAGCUGCACCACAUGUGGGAGCAACUCACAAGCACCCUUCGGUGAUGCUGAUCACGUCACAGGGGUUACCAACCACCACUCAAAGGUUGGGAGUUGAUCCCGAUGACGCUGUUGGGAAUGUGAUGGGCCAUAGUGAAGACCAUCCACAGGAGCCAGUCGCGAGCUCGAGCGGAACUUUGCAGACUGGCAGUGGAAGAGGAGCUGACAUGGACUGGUUGUACGUGGGCCAGACAGAUGGCCAAGGCGUGCAGGAUGAGAAAGUUGCAGGUGCAGGACUCCCGCUAGGGUCCCGCAGUGGGGGGAACGCCCCUGCAGCUUUGUGGGCUGCAGCAGUGAGAACAGGCAGGUCACUAGGGGGACAAGGUCCCAGCAGCAGACCUGGAACUGAAGAGGCAGUUGUGAAAGGUGGUGUACGGGGCACUGGGGAUUUGGAUUUUUCGACAGGCAAGGUGGAAAACCGUGUCAAAGUUGAAGUGGAACAAGGCAAGGGGGUUGCUGCAACUGACACACUGGAGACUGUGGAUGAUGCCCUGGACGAGGCUCCUGAGAUGGAAUGGUUUGGGAAGCCGCUUGCGACUCGGGAUGGGAAGACAUACUAUGCUGGCUGUUUAGUAGGUGGCCGCUUGUAUCGUGUACAUGACUGCGCACUGUUCAGGCCUGAGACUACAGGUGUUCCUCCUUACAUUGCUAGACUACAGCCGUCUCCAGCAGCUGGAGCACGACCCGUCACCAACCCCGAUGCCAGCUCCUCCAACACCUCCGAUCGCCUCAAUUUAUUGGAGAUCGACGUCGGAGCCCUCAAGGACGACACGCAGCUACAGCAAACCGCCACACAACAACUGGAGCAGCGGAUCUGUGCUGCCGCGGCCAACUUGAGUUCGGCACCACGCGAGACGACUCCAAGGUUCGAUGAUCAGGAGAUCUUUUACGAUUCGACGAAGAUGGACCCGAUUCCGUGGUUCCGCAAGUUCGAGCUCAAGUUGCAGCUACACCACAUUUCGAUCCGGCCGAACGAUCGCUACAAAUCCGCGUUCAAGAUGCGGUACGGGCAUUUUGAGUGGGUGGUCAUGCCUUUUGGCCUCACCAACGCCCCGAUGACCUUUCAAGCGGCAAUGACCAACGAGUUCCGUGCAAUGUUGGACUGGUUCGUGCUGGUCUACUUAGACGAUAUUCUCGUCUAUAGUCGGACGUUGGAGGAUCAUCUUGAGCACCUUCGACGAGUGUUGGAGACGCUGCGCCACGCCAAGUACAAAGCGAACCGCGACAAGUGCGAAUGUGUCCGGCAGCAUCUGGAAUACUUGGGCCAUUUUGUCACACCGGAGGGCAUCAGUCCGUUGUCGGACAAGAUUCAAGCCAUCCAAGAGUGGUCGGAGCCGCGGAACGUCAUGGAUGAUGCGCGGGAAUCAUUUUUGGCUCUCAAAGCCGCGCUAUUAUCUACGGAGGUCUUGGGAAUCUACGACCCGCUAUUGCCAACACACGUCACUAUGGAUGCGUCCGGCUAUGGCAUUUGUGCCGUCCUCAAACAACACGAUGGCGUGGACUGGCACCCGGUCGAGUACUUCAACAAGAAAGUGCCCGUUAUGCACUCCAUUGAUGAUGCACGCAAGGAGGAGCUCCUAGCCUUCGUCCAUGCGCUCAAUCGGUGGCGACACUUCCUCCUUGGUGGAAGUCAAUUCCGAUGGGUAACGUUGGUCUUCUACAAGACCCAAGACACCGUCAAUAGCACCAUCGCCCGUUGGAUGGCUUUCAUCGACCAAUUCGACUUCUUUCCUGAUCACAUUCCGGGGAAGUCUAACCGUUUUGUGGAUGCUCUUUCACGGCGUCCGGAUCAUUGUACAGCACUCUAUUCGACCUUCGAGAUCGACGACGAACUGCGGGAUAGUUUUAUCCGCGGCUACCAAGUUGACCCCGAGUUUCGUGACAAGUACGUGAACUGCUCCUCUCCUAAUCCGGCGCCUUCUCACUAUCGGAUCCAAGAGGGGUACUUGCUUGUCCGCACGUGGGGGAGGACCUUCUUUGCGUACCGAGUGACUCUCACUUGCGUACACGACUUCUUGGCGAGUUCCACGUUGCUCCCGCCAUCGGACACUUUGCAGUCAAUCGCACGAUUGGCCGGCUUCACGAACGAUUUUGGUGGCCCGGCCUUCUCGGCGACGUCACACGCUAUUGCGAGUCAUGCGAGGGAAGCGAUUGCCAUGGACAUUACUAGGCCGUUCCCCAAGCACAAGACCGGUGUGGAUGGGAUUCUCACGGUGGUCGACCGACUUACCAAGUUCGCCAUGUUUUUGCUUUGCCGCUAUCAUGCCAAGGCACCCGAGUUGGCCGAGGUUCUUUACGCCAGUUGGAUUCGAACCAAGGGUUACCCCAAGGAAAUCAUCUGCGACCGCGACAAUCGGUUCAUGCCCGAUUUUUGGUUGGCGCUCAUCAAACGAUGGGGCUCAUCUCUCAAGCCAAGUUCGGCUCGCCACCCCCAAACCAAUGGUCAAACGGAGAGGGCACAUCAGACCGCACAGGUUCUCCUUCGCACUCUGAUCCGUCCCAACCGAAAGGAUUGGGUUGAGCGGCUGUCGGAUGUCGAUUUGGCAUACAACUCGUCCAUCGAGUUUGAGCACGGCUUGCCGGUCACUUCUUCGUUGGACACAAUCAUUCCACGAACGGUCGAGAGCAACGACCGUCUUCUUUUCUUGCGUCGGAUGCAAGAGCUACUUGUCAAGGCACGCGACCAGAUGGCUAAGACGCAGCAACACAUGAGCCAACAGGCCAAUUGCCAGCGUCUUCUUUGUCCAUUCCGCGCCGGCGAUCUCGUUUGGGUUUCUGCCGUGGAGUUCAGCCUCGAUAUCUUUCGCAAGCUCCUCCCGAAAUGGAUGGGGCCUUGGCCGAUCGUGGCACCCGCUGGGAAUGCACCCAAAGGACCUUCCUUCGUCAUUCAGGUGCCAGCCCACUUGCCCGUCUACUCGGUCUUUCAUUGCUACAAGUUGGCUCUUUACACGCCGGCGGACGAUGACGAUUUUCCCGGGUGACGAUUGCAAGACCCACCCUCAAUGGACGGUUUUCAAGAGGUCGGCGACAUCAUCUCCCAGCGACGCUACGGCAACAGGCCGACCGA